AAAAACUCAAAACCGUCUCAUCAUGGCGGCGUCACAGACAUUCUCACUCAUCGCCUUCACUUUCUCCCUCCUCGCCGUUGCUUCCACCGUGAGUAGCCACAACAUCACUCAAAUCCUCGCUGAUUCUCCUGAUUACUCUUCCUUCAACAGCUACCUUUCUCAGACGAAGCUCGCCGACGAGAUCAACAGCCGCACGACGAUUACAGUUCUCGUCCUUAACAAUGGCGCAAUGUCUGCUCUCGCCGGAAAACAUCCUCUCUCCGUCAUUAAAAGCGCUUUAAGCCUCCUCGUACUCCUCGAUUACUACGAUCCACUAAAACUCCACAAGAUCUCCAAAGGCACAACUCUCUCCACCACACUUUACCAAACCACCGGAAACGCUCCCGGAAACCUAGGAUUCGUCAACAUCACCGAUCUUAAAGGAGGCAAAGUCGGAUUUGGCUCAGCCGCUUCAGGUUCCAAACUCGAUUCAUCUUACACCAAAUCCGUUAAACAAAUCCCUUACAACAUCUCAAUCCUAGAGAUCGAUGCUCCGAUCAUCGCUCCGGGAGUUUUAACCGCUCCUGCUCCUUCCGCCUCCUUGUCAAACAUCACCGGAUUACUAGAGAAAGCCGGUUGCAAAACCUUUGCUAAUUUGCUUGUCUCAAGUGGAGUUCUCAAGACUUACGAAUCCGCCGUUGAAAAAGGCUUGACGGUUUUUGCACCGUCCGAUGAAGCUUUUAAAGCUGAAGGUGUACCAGAUCUGACGAAGCUCACACAAGCUGAGGUGGUCUCGCUCUUAGAGUAUCACGCCCUCGCUGAGUAUAAACCUAAAGGCUCAUUGAAGACUAACAAGAACAAUAUCUCCACGUUAGCCACUAGCGGCGCCGGAAAAUUCGAUCUAACUACCUCUACCUCUGGCGAUGAAGUUAUUCUCCACACCGGCGUUGCGCCGUCGAGACUCGCCGACACUGUACUCGACGCGACUCCGGUUGUGAUUUUCACCGUGGAUAAUGUCCUCCUCCCUGCUGAGCUAUUCGGAAAAUCUAAAUCUCCUUCUCCGGCACCGGCGCCGGAGCCAGUUACCGCACCGACACCAUCUCCGGCGGAUGGACCUUCACCCAUCGCGGCUUCACCACCGGCACCUCCGACGGACGAUUCACCUGAAAGUGCUCCUUCAGACUCGCCGAGAGGUUCAGCAAACAGUAAGUCGGCUAACGCGGCGGUUGGCGUGAGCACACCGUCGUUGUUCACCGCAUUGGUCACUAUCGCCGCCGUUGUCGUCUCCGUGUCUCUCUGCUCUUAGAACCUUUCGAAUUCUCUUCGUAAUUACGCAGGCUGCCACUCCCUUUGUUUAUUUAUAAUCUAUUUUCUUUUGAUUUUUAUUUUUGUGGUUAUGUGUUGUUGAGUUUGAAAACAUGGGAUUAGUGAGUGAGGUUUACUUAAAUCUUUUGUUAAUCACAUUUUCAUUAUUGCUUUCAGUGUUGAUCUGAUUGGGAUCUUUGUCCUUCAACUUAUUUUAUUUAACUUCUUUUCCAUUUUUGGAUAAUUUUUGUACCGACAAUAAUGCAGCAAACUAGAA